GUCAGAGAUUUGUUUGUGUUCUUGCGAGAUGAUUCCACGUGCAUCAGUAUUUUGUAAUAAAUGUGAACAUUGGCAGGGUACUCUGGGAAUUACAUUCCAAGUUUGUCUCUUUUCCAGUAAACUGUAAAUGAACUUCAGAAGUACUUCCUGAUAAAAAUGAAUCCUCCAAAGUGACGGGUUGUUUACCAAUGUCUUUAUAAGUUGCUGCACCAACCCAUUUCUCUAGCAUUCUGUUGCAAAGCAGGACAGAAACAUCACAUCCAUUCUCAGCACAUCAACUUAAUAGGUUAUGGCUAUGAGCAGACGCCUGACUUUGGGUCUCUGUGUUCUCUCCCUGCUGGUUCUGCCAGGCCAGAUGGAGAAGUGUGAAUGCCAGGGUCCUAGAGGCUUUCCUGGAGGUGUACCUGGUCAACCUGGAGCCAGAGGACGUCCUGGACUUCCUGGAUAUCCUGGUAGAGUUGGACGUGAUGGAGUCCGUGGUCUACCUGGACCCCCGGGCCUUGCAGGAGCUACUGACUUAGACUUGGAACCCCUGCAAGAAAGCUCGGUCAAAUUGCAGUUGGCCAUAAACUAUGAUUUCACCAGAAGAGUUGACAAGAAGUACUUUGUGUCACACAAGAGACCGGGUUCUUUUGACGACGCUGUUCAGUUCUGUACCAAGAGGGGCUUGGUGUUGGCUUUGCCGAAGAACGAGGAGGAAAACACUGCUCUCACGCAGGUCUUUGAAGGGGCUUUGAAGAAUGCAUGGCUCAAUGUUGACAACAGUAAAGAGGGGAAGUUUCAGGUAGAUUUGAAAGGCCAUCCCCUCACCUUUUCCAAAUGGGGAGAUGGGGAACCAAAAGUGCCUAAUGGGGAUAAGGGCUGUACAAUGUUGACAGAGUCAGGUGCAUGGCAGGUGACAUACGAUUGCUCCUUCAAUGCCUAUAUCGUAUGUGAGAUAUAGAGACACGUCAAUGAAAUGCUGUUUCUGAAUUUAAUAUGAAAUAUUUAUUCUCAAUUAAAAUGUCUUAUGUUUAAUCUCAAUAUAUUAUCUCUGUUCCUUAUCUUGUGCGUAUUUCCAGUUCUUUACCUUUAUUCAAAUUAGCUAGUUAAAAUGUGAGGUAAAAUAUGAAGGGACAUUUGUGGAAUAAAGUAACAAACAUAUUUA